AUGGCUAAUAUGAUGGGCUUGCUUGGAGAUGCACGGUGUUGCGAUCCAAGGAGUUUGCCGUAUGUGAAGACUGAUGUGACAAAUGCAAGAGCAAAGCUGCGAAGGGGCCUGUCAGAGCGUGAUUUGGAGCUGACAAUCGAGUACUUUGAGAGAAGACAAGUGGAGAAUCCCAACUUCUUUUUCUCAAAGCUGGAAGAAGAUGGAGCUAUUAGGGCACUUUUCUGGGUUGAUGGGAGAACAAGGGCCUUGUAUCCAAAGUACAAAGAUUGUGUGUUUGUCGACACCACAUUCUGCACAAAUCGCUACAACUUGCCCUUUGCUCCGAUUGUUGGCAUUAACAACCACACACAUACUGUUUGCUUGGGGUGCGCUUUGUUGCCUGAUGAGACCAUCGAAACUUUCAAGUGGGUCUUCCAGCAAUGGAUGUUGGCAAUGAAUAACGAGGAUCCGUUGAACAUUAUGACUGAUCAAGACCAGGCAAUGGCUAAAGCCAUCUCAAUGGGAUUUCCAGAUUCAACACACAGAUGUUGCAAGUGGCACGUCUUCCGGGUUGCAAGGACGAAACUAGGGAAGAUGCUGGGCAAGGAUGAGCCUUUUGCUGAAGCAUUCUAUGGUUGCAUCAAUGAUUCAGAUACCGUUGAGGAGUUUGAAGAACGGUGGAAGCAGAUGGUCGAGUUAUUUGGUGUGGCUGAUAAGAAACACCUCAAGAACAUGUGGGACAGCAGGGAGAUGUGGGCUCCUGUGUACUUUAGGAAUAAGUUCUUCCCAUUCACAGGAACAACCGGGCGGUCUGAGGGCUUGAAUUCCUACUUCAAGACUUUAAAUCAUCAUGGAGACUCGGUUUGGACAUUUGUCCAGCAGUUUGAGCUUUGCCAGGAGCUAAUGCUUGAUCGUGAAGACAAUGCUGGCUUCAUCAAUGAAGCGACGGGGCCGCCACUCUGGGGCAAUUACAACAUUGAAAAGCAAGCUGCAGAUUUCUAUACCAGAGAGGUAUUUUCCAAGUUUCAAAAACUAUUGGCUAAAUCAAUAGGCUAUGGUCUGCAAUAUCAGCUGCAAGGGGAUGUCAUCUGGUUUCGCCUUGUUGCAAAUUAUGGCAUCAACCCAAAAGUGUACACAGUGCGUGUUGCUCCUAAAGAUCAGACAUACAUGUGCACCUGCAACAUGUUUGAGAUGUGUGGGCUGAUCUGCCCACAUAUCAUCCGUGCCAUGGUGCACCUGAACGUGCAAACGAUACCUGCGACUUACAUGCUUCCAAGAUGGUCUAAGAGAGCAACCGACCUUGCGCCUGAACCGGGCGAUGGGCAUAGAGCUAUGCAUUUCGGCGUCCCCACGACAAACACCCUAAAGUUUAACUCUCUAUGCCGGAAGUUUGGGAAACUCGCUUCUGAUGUAUGCUUCAAUGAUGAAGCUUAUAGUUUUGUCUCUGGGCUAAUUGAUCAGGGCAGUGUUGGGGUUGCUGCAAUAAAGCUAGAGCAACUGAUGGGGUUGCAAGAGACGAAGAAGCCCAAGGUCAUGCAGGAAAUGAACAAGUCUCAGGGGGUCCAAGUACAGGUCAGCGGGAUCCACCCCCUGUAG